UUACAUUCGCUGCACCAAUCAGCAGUCGGGGUCAUAGUUGAGAGGCUAAAACCAAAAUGGCGGCCAAUAAACGGGUGCUUUAUAUUGGUGGCUUGGCGGAAGAGGUGGAUGAGAAGGUAUUACAUGCAGCUUUUAUUCCGUUUGGGGAUGUCACAGACAUCCAGAUACCCCUCGACUAUGAAACGGAGAAGCACAGGGGAUUUGCAUUCAUUGAAUUUGAGCUGGCAGAGGAUGCUGCGGCAGCUAUUGAUAACAUGAAUGAGUCAGAACUUUUUGGACGGACUAUCCGUGUGAACAUUGCGAAGCCCAUGAGAAUCAAAGAGGGUUCAUCUCGACCAGUAUGGUCGGAUGAUGACUGGUUGAAGAAGUUCUCUGGAAAAACUCUGGAAGAAGCUGAGGCAGAGUCAGCAGCUGGGGAUACAACAAAGACAACAACAGAAGAGACUGAACCACCAGCUAAAAAGAGCCGAGUAAAUCCUCAGGUAUACAUGGACAUCAAGAUUGGCAACAAGCCAGCAGGGAGACUGCGCUUCCUCCUCCGGGCUGACGUUGUUCCUAUGACAGCAGAAAACUUCAGAUGCUUGUGCACUCAUGAGAAGGGAUUUGGCUACAAGGGCAGCAGUUUCCACCGCAUCAUCCCUCAGUUUAUGUGCCAAGGAGGCGACUUCACCAACCACAACGGCACCGGGGGGAAGUCCAUCUACGGCCGGAAGUUUGACGAUGAAAACUUUGUCCUCAAACACACAGCUCCAGGUCAGCUCUCCAUGGCCAACUCUGGGGCAAACACCAACGGCUCUCAGUUUUUCAUCACCAAUGACAAAACAGACUGGCUGGAUGGCAAACAUGUGGUGUUUGGAGAGCUGGUGGAGGGCAUGGAUGUGGUCCGAGCAAUGGAGGCCCAAGGAACAAAAGAUGGAAAGCCGAAGCAGAAAGUGAUCAUCUCUGACUUCCUGCUCCGUAGCUCCGAGUCUGAACCGCCUAAAGAAGAGUGUCUGAACGGCUGGUGUAGAACAGAGGUCUGAGGUUUCCCCGUGCCACUGUAGUUCAGGAGAACCACCUCUGUCUUCUAUCAUCAGGCGGAGAAGACAGAUUGUGAACAAACCUCGUCAUGAACUGGGCAUUCCUCCAGGGCCUCCUCAGCGGGGUGAAUAAGUACUCCACAGCUUUCGGGAGAGUGUGGCUCUCCAUCGUAUUUCUCUUCAGAGUCAUGGUGUUUGUCGUGGCAGCAGAGAAGGUCUGGGGCGAUGAACAGAAAGACUUCAAAUGUAACACAGCUCAGCCCGGGUGCCACAACGUCUGCUAUGACCACUUCUUCCCCGUGUCCCACAUCCGCCUGUGGGCCCUGCAGCUCAUAUUCGUCACCUGUCCGUCGUUCCUGGUGGUGAUGCACGUGGCCUACCGGGAGGAACGGGAAAAAAAGCACCGGAACAAGUACGGCGAGAACUGCCAACGUCUCUACCAAAACCCGGGCAAAAAGCGCGGAGGCCUGUGGUGGACCUACGUCUUCACGCUGUUCUUCAAAAUAGCCGUCGACGCCACCUUCGUCUACCUGCUCUACCACAUCUACGAGGGCUACGACUUCCCCUCGCUCAUCAAGUGUGAGGAGAAGCCCUGUCCCAACAAGGUGGACUGCUUCAUCGCGCGGCCCACGGAGAAGAGGAUCUUCACCAUCUUCAUGGUGGUCACCAGCCUGGCCUGCAUCCUCCUCUCCGUCUUUGAAAUCCUCUACCUGAUUUGCAAACGCUGCCACGAGUGUUGGUCGUCAGUCCACCAGUCUCACCGCAAGAUGACCACCGCUUUAUCCAGCGGAAACAACCUGAUAGAGUCCAACACCCUGAAGCUGAUGGGCAAAAAGACCCCGGAAACACCCGCACCUUCAUACAGCGUUGCCGUAUCUUGAGAGACCGAAAACAAAGACCCCUAUGGAAAAACAAAGAGUGAAUGGAAAGAUGUCACUCCUCGUUUUAUAGAAAGUGCAAAACUUUUUAUACAGACUUUAUUCUCUGAAAGACUGGAUGGUGUUCAAGUUAGUCCCCCCCUUGGCAGAGAGUUUUAAAUUCAGGACCUUGAGAUUAAUGUGUCAUAGAUGUGGAAUGUGCACACAGUUGCGGGUAUUUUACAGUGAUUUUUUUUACAGAAAAAGUUUACAGCGCCUGCAAAGAAAGCAUCAGAGGGGAUUUUUGUGUUGCAGUGUCUGAUUUAGGCCCGACUUCAAUUACAUGAGUCAUCUGUUAGUACGGCCAGUUUUUACCAACACAUGUGGUUUCUCUGUGUAAGAUUUUCCCUGUGCUCAAGCCCAGCCCUCAAAAUGAAUAUUUCAAUCCGUGCUCAGCCUUCUCCCUACAUUCGGGUGUUCAUGUUGCACUCUUUGUGCAUGCUGUACCUUUUGUAACUUAUGUAUUUUUGUUUUUUUUGUUUUUGUUUUUCUGUUUGUGCUGUGUAAUUUCUUGCUGUAAGGCAGCACAGCUCAAAGCAGUGGGAGAGCAGUUUUGUAAACACAGAUGCUUGAAAAAAAUCAGGA